AUGGCCAACGUGAACUCAGCCAGCCGCCCGCACUUCGCCUCCUCCAUCCCUGUGCCUCGAGCUGCUUCCCAGACCCGGAUCCACACCCCGGGUGCCUCUCCCCAGCUGCGGCCACGCCAGGCUGGCCUGGCCCUGAGCCCACAGCGAGCCGCCUCCCCGAGGCUGGGCAAGGCUGCCAGCCACCCCAGAGGCUCCUCUCCUAAGGCCUCCAGGGGAAGAGGCUCCCCGAAGCCUUCUGGGGUGGCAAGAGAGUCGCCCGAGGGUGCUGACAGCCUCUCCAGCUCCCCAUGGGGCAGUCCCAGGGCAACCCCCAAAGCAGCCCCAUCCAGCCGGGCUAGCCCCAGAAGAGCCAGGGAGACGCAGGGCUCCCAGGGAAGGAAGAAGGUGGCCCGGGAAGGAAUUCCAGUCCGCCAGGCCCGGGGCAGGAGCCCAGCCCGAACCAGCCCUCAUGGGGAAACCCAGAUGCCAGGGACUCAUGAAGGUCAGAAGCCUCCUAACUGCCCGGGAAAAGAUCAAAGAGAUAAAAACUAUAGAGGUUCUGGGGUCCCCAGGUCUUCGGAGCCUGAGACUGGGGCAGCUUCGGGGCCCUCCUCUCCAGCCUGCAGCCCCGGGCAGACCAGACGCUCCUCACCAGCCCCAGGGGCCAUCAGCUUCUCCUCGGUGCAUCAGCAGAGCCCCCCCAUCACGGCCACGGUGGCCCCGUUCCAGUACAGGUUGCAGACGGACCAGGAACCUAGCCCCCUCCCCCAGGGCAGCUGGGCCUCGGAUGGCUACUCCACCCCACCUGGCGGGGCUGAGGACGACUUCUCCUGCGUGGGCCACUCCCGUGCCAUCACCUUUCCUGUGGCGUCCUGA